GAAGUCAAAGAAGCAGAAGAGUCGUCAUGAAUUCUUGGCCUUUCGUCUAUCCCGUUUUGAGGAAGCGUCUCGCGGGCCUUGAAGUUGUUAGCAGACACAAUAUGGCUCUUAAAAAGUGGGCAUUAUGUUCGGGAACUCGUCGCUCUCUGUGAAAUGACGCGGUCACAAUGUUCUUCUAUGUCCUGUGUGUUCUACUCGCAGUCCAAGCACUGUCCGACGUGCCACCAGCAUCGCCACAGGACGUCCAUGUGGACAACUGGCAGCUGACAUGGCGCCCUGUCCCCGAGGAGGAAAAGGUCACCUACAUGGUCACCUACACCUACAGCAGUGAUGAAUGGAAGAGUGUACCAGCAUGUGCCAAUAUAUCUUCGAAUUCCUGCAAUGUUAUUUCCACCAAAGCGGAGGGCGAGCAUAGAUGUGUUAUGCUACGUGUGCGAGCAGAGAGACGCGGUCUGACCUCGACACCGGUCAAAGCUUGUAGCCAACAUGGUGACUCGUGUAGCCCAGACUUCCGUCUGACUGCAGGGCCGAAUUCCCUCGCUGUACAUUUGAGCAGGAACCACAGUUUGCCUCGGGAACAUGGAGAACACCUAAAACACCGUGUUUGUUAUGGCAAGGAGGGAGAGCCCAUGCAGAAAUAUGCUGAUGUUCUGUCCUCGGUGACCAUCCCUGACCUGCAGGAGGGACAGCGUUAUUGCGCACAGGUGCAGUACAUCCACUUUGAUUCGCCCCUUGGACCGGCCACAUGUACUCGGUGUGAGGUCAUCCCUAAGUCAAGAAAAUACUCCAAACAAUUAGAGGUAAUAUUUGCUGUGGUGCUUCCCGUCGUCGCCCUGCUCGUUCUGCUACCCGGGAUCGCAUACUUCUUCAUCUUCCAGCGAGAGAGAAUAAAGCAGUGGCUGCGCCCUCCAUACCAGAUUCCAAGCAGCUUUCUUGAACCAUUUGGUGAGAACUACAUUCCCAUCUCCAACAGAAGCCACUCAGAGGAACACUGCCAUGUCAUUUGUGCCAUUUCCCCAGAGGAUCUUAGAGAAUGAAAGCAGCCGCCCUCCAGCUGCUUCUGCACUACACCACCUGUCUGUGGCCUUGGUACACAUUGCGACUUACUACAUGUAGGUGACCUAAACUCAAUUGCUGUUAUGAGACAGAGAACCACUCACCAGAGUACAAAGUACAAACAGAACGACUAUUCAUCUCUGAAAUAAUUCUGUGACAGAGUGAAUGAGGACAGCCACACAGACAUAAAUCAGCAUUCUAAAUAGAAUCAAUAUGCAGAUGCCAAUCAGGAACCUGUCUUUGAGCCCAGAAAAAGACCACACGGUUUACUGUCUUUUUUUUCUUCAUGUAGCCUACUUUAAAGCAUAUUGCAUCCAUUGCUAUUCACUUUCAAUUCAUAUUUCAGCAAUACAGACAUUGAUGAACCAGAAUACAUUGCUAGGAUUAACCAGGAUCUGUUUGAUAUUGUCAUGAAAUGUCUGUGAGCUCACUGAGGGAAACAAUAAAUGAAUCUUUUAUGACAACAACAAAAUGUACAUAACGGGUACAUUUCAUAUUUCUUAGUUAGAAAAGGCUGCAAAUUGUCUAUCUUGCUAAAUUUGUCAAAGGUUGUUCAGGGGAGUUUUUUUGUACCGAUGUACCGAUGUGGGGGUUCUGGCACACAUGGUGUUGCAUGUAUGCAAUGCUCCUUGAAAGUAUGUGAACCCCUUGAGCAGUUUAGAGUUUCCUCUUGUUAUACCAUGAUUUUCCUGUUUUAUCAUCAACAGUUUUACAGAUAUGAAAUAUCAGCCGUAGAUUUUAAAUUGCAUGAACUAUUUUAGCGUAAGUCGUGUGAGUAGCCAAAAAAUACAUGAAACAUGGAAUAGGCAAAAAUAAAUGAACCUGCAUUGAUAAAGUCAAGUAGGUAACACAUCUGGGGGCUUAAUUGGUCAAUUAAGCAAACCAAUCCAAUGAGGCAUCUCAUUGGGGGAAAAAGGGGCGGCCACCCAAAUUCAAAGAGAGAAAACCAAACACAUUGCUGUAGUGCCAAGGUGUACCCUCACAGAUCCUCAAUGCUGAGAGGAAAGGAGAUAUGUGAGGACAUCAGGAAGAAGGUACCGACUGCCCAUCAGUCUGGGGAAAGCUAGAAGACCGUCUCCAAAAGAUUGCAGCUCCAUCCAUCCACUGUAAGACAAAUCAUUUGCAAAUGGAGGGAGACCAACAUGACCGCAAUUCUGUGUUGAAGUGGACUCCCAUCAAGACCAAGAAGCACCAGAAUAAUAAUAAAUCAGGUAAAAGCCAACCUCUGACUUCGAAAGAGCUGCAAACAUCUCUGGCAGCAUGUGUGCUAAAUGUACCUGCAAAAGUUGAUUAGACAUAAUAUUAAUGGAAGGGUUGCUAGGAGGAAGCCGCUGUUCUCCAGAAAAAAAGAAGUUGCCCAUUUCAACUUUGCCAGAGAGCACUUGGAUUGGGCUAGUCAAAGGCCGCACCUCGAUCCAAUAGAGAUGUUGUGGAUAGACCUGAGGCGGGCGGCAAAUGCGAGAUGUCCCACCAACCUGUCUCAAACUGGCUGAGUUCUGGAAGGCAGAACUUCCCAACAGCAAGAGACAGUCAGUGGGGACAGGAGACGUUUGGAUUGGAUGGACUAAAAUGGUUCACAUACUUUCACACAUAUCACAUUUUCAGCUGUUUGAGAUAAACCAUUUGUUGUGUCCAUUAUUUAAAAAGUAUGCUUUACAAAUUGGUGUUUGGAUAUACAUUUUAAUAUGGUUAUUUUGUGAUUUGGACUCAUACACCACCAUUUUUUGCUUUGUAGGCUGUGUAACAUGUACUACUACUAAAUGCUCAGUUUUGUGAUGUUUGGUUUGCCAUGGUUUAUAUAAUUAUAAA